CUUUAGUUAGUGUUUGACUGUUGUUGGUUGUUGACUGUUUGUGAGAUAUUUAUGUGAUUGUUUAGUUGGUUUUAUAACAAUAAAUAAUUAAUGUUACAUAGUUGUUAAACUCAUAUCACUUGUUUUUCAAUAAUCUCAAAGAAUUAAUUGUAAUAAAAUGGCAGACGACGACGCUCCAUCGGACAGCAGUCUACUUGUAAUAAUAGUGGACACAAAUCCUAACCAGAGAUACAUAACUGAGGACCCGAAGGUCUUAACUAACUGCCUGGAUGCUGUCAUAGCCUUUGCCAACUCACACUUGAUGCAAAAGGCUAGAAAUGAACUGGCUGUUAUAGGCUGUCAUUUUCACAAAAGUGAAUAUUUGUACCCUACCCCUGGCAAGCCCCUGGAUGUGAGACAGAUUGAUGGUCAAUAUGAACUAUUUACAUUAGUUGAAAAAACUAUUAAAAUGAGAUUAGUAAAUUUAAUAAAAAGUCAGCCUCCAGAAGAGAAGCCUGGGGAGUCCCUGCUGGCUGGGGCUGUUGCUAUGGCACUCUGUUUUAUUGCUAAGUUUCGUCGUGAAGCAGCCCCUGGUCUCCGGUUGACAUCACGUAUUUUAAUAGUGACUGGUAGCAGCGAUACUGCGGCACAGUACAUCAACUACAUGAACGUGUUCUUUACUGCACAGAAACAACAAGUCCUAAUAGAUGUAUGUUCAUUGGAUAAGCACCUCAGCUUGUUGCAACAAGGAUGUGACAUCACCGGAGGAUUGUACCUCAAAGUGCCCUCUCUAGAGGGACUAUUGCAGUACUUGUUGUGGGUGUUCCUCCCCGAGACUUCUGAACGUACGAAGUUGGUGCUCCCGGGGCGAGGCCGCGUGGACUAUCGCGCCGCCUGCUUCUGUCACAGGGAACUGCUGACUAUCGGAUAUGUCUGCUCUGUCUGUCUUAGUGUGUUCUGCAAAUUCAGCCCAAUAUGCACAACUUGCCAUACCGUAUUCAAGAUUGGAGGCCCACUGCCAAUAAAACCGAAGAAGAAGAAAAUGAAAGUUUAAAUAUUUGAAUCUGGUUUUGUAUUUUGAUUAUUGCUUUGUAAAUAUAGAUUUUAAGACUUUUG